GCUGUGCUUCGGUGCCACUUAUCAUUAGAUAUGGCCACCGUUAUAGAGUACACCGAAGCGUCAUCUUCAACUUAAUUUAGUGGUAUUUCAUAGAUUUUACGCAGCUUGGGCCACUGUGGUACACGGGUUGUGUUUUUGGGAAGCCAAUGCUUGUUUUUACAUGUCUUUGGAGGGGGUUGUUAGUGCGUGGCAGGCUGGCUUCGAGAGUCUCGUAACUGGCCGCUUGGUCCCGUAGCUUGUCGAUGCUGAAGAAAAUAGAACCAGUUGCCAGCCAAGCGGUCGGAUCCAACAUUUGAUUUUGCGCGUUGCUGUUUUCCCCCACAUUCACAUUUAAAAGUUUCACCCCCGGAUUCUGGACUUGUGCUUCCACCUGGACUUCGGCUUGGUGGAAGAAGUGUUGGCCGCAGACUUGGGUGGCUAACACCAAGUAGCUAUAUAAGCCGAACUCGUGCGACGACAGCUGUCAUUGGAGAAAGGAAAGUGAUCCUCCUCUAAAUGUGUGCGCCAGUGAAGCGGGUUUCUGUUGGAUUUACACCAUCUGCAUAUCCAUCAAAUGGGCAAAGCAUGGAAUAACAUCGCAACCUUGGAAUACAAUGAUAUGCAUGAUGCAACUGUGAGGAUCGCGGUGUUGCUUCAUUGGAGAGAGGCUAGCUAGCUCCAUUUAGCUCGCUAGCUAGCUGGGUGAUAAAAGUGCGACGUUUUCAUCCUCCAGUUUUUUGGACAUGAAGAGGAUAAUUCGCUAUUCAUAGAGGGCUGGAAGAAUGGCAUCAGAGGAUAAGACUGUGGAACCCUCUGACCAGGGACCCUCACCGCCCUCCAGCAGUGUAGGGGCCACAUCCACAGGAAGUCCUGCCCACGCAGACAAGCGACCACGUGGCAGGCCGCGCAAGGAUGCUGUUGUCAUCCUACCCCAGGCGCCACCAUCAUCCACGUCUAAGAACAGAAAGAAGGGUCGCACCAGAGGGAGGGCUGUUUUGGAUGAGGAAGACAGCAUGGAUGGGACUGAGAUAACAGAGUCCACGGGCCUUCAGGACACAGAGACACCGAUCCAACCGAUGGAGACUGAGGAACUGGUGACCACUGAGGUACAAGAGGAGGACAAGCCCUCUUCCCCUCUGGCCCAGAGCCCUCCAGCCGAGUGUUCAGCAGGACCAUCUGUCCCAGCGAGGAGAGAAGUCAGUGAGCAUCUCUGUGCCUUCUGUUACUGCGGUGGCCGUAGCCUGCUGGGUCAGGGGGAGCUGCGAGUAUUCAGCACCACGCUCGGCCACGAGAGUGGAGGAGGCUCACCAAGCGAAAGCAGCGAUGGCGAUAAAACCACUCAGCCAAAAAUGGCAGGAGAGACCACCUUAGGACAGAGGGAGAAAAUGAGUGGGUCUGAAGGUUGUGAAGAAGAACCGGACCCAGUGAGUCGAUUUUGGGAUGAGCUCUCUCAUGUUGGCCUUCCACAAGAUCUUAAUGUCCAGUCUCUCUUUGAGUCAGGGCAAUGCUGGGCACAUCAGAGUUGUGCCUUGUGGUCCGAAGGUGUUUGUGAGGGCGAGGGACAAUCUCUGCUUAAUGUGGACAGAGCCAUUGACUCAGGGAGCACAAAGCACUGUGCAUACUGUAAGCGCCUUGGAGCAUCCAUUAAGUGCUGUGCUGAAGGAUGUGCUCAACUCUACCAUUACCCCUGUGCGGGGGCAGCUGGGACCUUUCAGGAUAACAGGAGUCUGUCACUCCUCUGCCCAGAGCACAGUGAAUUGGCCAUGCACAAAUUUCCAGAUGAUAUGAAUUGCGCACUAUGUGACAGCCCAGGGGACGUACUGGACCAGCUCUUCUGCACCAGUUGUGGUCAGCAUUACCACGGGAUAUGCCUGGACAUGGCCGUGACCCCUCUAAGGAGGGCAGGAUGGCAGUGCCCCGAAUGCAAAAUCUGCCAGACAUGCAAGAACCCAGGGGAGGACACUAAAAUGUUGGUGUGUGACAUGUGUGACAAAGGCUACCACACCUUCUGUCUGUUACCUGCUAUGGACUCUCUGCCCACCAACGGCUGGAGAUGUAAGAACUGCAGAGUAUGCAUCCAAUGUGGAACACGAAGCAGCAGGCAAUGGCACCACACCAGCCUGCUGUGUGAGAACUGCAUCCAAAACCAGGACCCUGCUCUGUGCUGUCCUACGUGUGCCUGCAUCCUGGACCCUGAGCAUCAAAAAGACUUAACUUUCUGCCAAACUUGUAAAAGAUGGUUACACCUGGAGUGCGAGCGUCAGAACUCAGGCCAAGCAGAAAUCCACCCCAGAGAAGACUAUGUUUGUUCCAACUGCAGGUCUCCUGCUGCAGAGCAGCCGCUACAGGCAGAGGAUAUGGACACCGGCCCAGAGCUCAGCCCUCAGCCAGCCUCCAUGCACACAGACUCUGAGACUGGCCUACAGCUGGCUAAAAAGCACACGGACCUAGAACCUGGCACUCAGCUGCCUCCUGAAAUGCACAAUGACCCCAAACCGGAAUUACUCGCUGUUCCAUUGCACUCAGAUCCAGAGCCUGUUCAGGCUACCGUCCAGGAGGAGAAGCUGGCCACGUCAGCCCAGAAGCCUGGUGGGUCUUUGUUCCAAAAAGAAGUCUCAGUGGAAGCAGACGUUGAAAGGAUGGUUACCGAAAUGUCUGUCAACAAAAUCCUAACAGAAUUCAAACCAGAAACUAAACCAGCAGCUACAGUCCAGUCUACAGAGAGUCCUGUGUCUUUGGGGACUCUCAGGCCGGAGUCUGAGUCUUGUCCAGCCCAGCUCUCGAUGGAGACACUACAGACACAGGAUACCACUUUACAAGUUAAGCCAGCAAAGACAGAGGCCUGCCCUGAGCAGGACAUCGCCAACCCCAGCACAAAGGAUUUUAAGGCCAUCAUCUCAACCACCAAAGAACAAAGUACUGCAUCAGUAUCUUACACGGACCAACCAAUGGAGGUGUCACUCCCCCAGCCUUUGAGUAUGGAUGUAGUCAGGGCUUCUUUUCUGGAGAGUGCUCCAAAAGAACCUAACAUGGAGAGGAGUGAGGGUAUUUUUCUUAGGAACCUGGCAGAGACUGUUAAGCCCUCAGCCUCUCAUACAUCAGAGGAGAUGUACGCUACACCGGAGAGCAAGCCUAAUCUGUCACUUUCCAGCCUGUCUACAGAGGAAAAACCACACAAGACAUGCGUGGAGAGGUUGGCUGAAAUGGUCUCGUCUCCCUGCCAUUCCUCCCCUCUGGCUCGAGGGAUGUCUCCCAGAGAAACACUCCAGACCCAGAUCCUACCUUCACUGGGCGACCACAGCAGUCUAAUACCCACCACCACGCUUAUACCGCUCACCCCGAAGAUUGGAAUGGGGAAACCAGCCAUCACAAAGAGGAAGUUCUCUCCUGGGAGGCCGCGUGUCAAACAGGGUGCAUGGAGUCCCCAUAGCAGUGUGAGCUCCCCCUUGUCCUGGUCACCAGACCAGCCAGACGGGUGGGACGUCCCAAAGACCAGGCAGUCCGCUGGCAGUCCCGGCUGGAGCAUCAGAGUGGGUCGAGGCUCCGGCUUUCCUGGAAGAAGGAGACCCAGAGGUGCUGGUCUGUCAGGUAGAGCUGGACGCGGCAGGGCCAGAGGCAAGAAUGGAGUGAUUCCCUGCAUCAACCCUGGGAUCACCACAAUAGAAAUGCAGUACCCAGUCAAGGACGAAGAGGAGAAUGCCAUGCACAACACAGUGGUUAUAUUUUCCAGCAAUGACAGUUUCACUCUAAAACAGGACAUGUGCGUGGUGUGUGGGAGUUUUGGCCUUGGUGCAGAGGGCCGUCUCUUGGCUUGUGCUCAGUGCGGACAAUGUUACCAUCCAUUCUGUGUCGGCAUAAAGAUCACCAAGGUGGUACUGAGUAAAGGCUGGCGGUGUCUGGAGUGCACAGUGUGUGAGGCUUGUGGCCAAGCCACAGAUCCCGGCCGCUUGCUGCUGUGUGACGACUGUGACAUCAGCUAUCACACCUACUGCCUGGACCCUCCGCUGCAGAACGUGCCCAAGGACAGCUGGAAAUGCAAAUGGUGUGUGUCCUGUACUCAGUGUGGCGCCACCACCCCAGGCCUAAGGUGUGAGUGGCAGAAUAAUUACACCCAGUGUGCCCCCUGUGCCAGCCUUGCAACAUGCCCCAUCUGCCUAGUGGACUACAACGAAGGCACCACAAUUCUGCAGUGCCGCCAAUGUGACAGAUGGUUCCAUGCGUCUUGUCAGGGCCUCCAUUCAGAGGAGGAUGUAGAAAAGGCUGCAGAAAGUAGCUUCGACUGCACAAUGUGCCGAGCUUUCAAGACCACUAAAGUUGUGACCAAGGCCAGAGACACCAUUGAGCCUGUAGUUAUGACGCAGAUUGUCACAAAGGCUAAAGAAAUGGAUCUGUCGAGGACCUACACCCAAGAUGGAGUUUGCUUAACGGAAUCCGGACUUUGCCAGCUGCAGAGCUUGUCUGCCACAGCGUCUCGGCGCAGGAAACCAAAACCCAAGCUGAAACUGAAGAUCAUUAACCAGAACAGCGUGGCAGUGCUUCAGGCUCCUUUAGACCCUCUCUCAGAGCUCUCUCGUGAUGAGGACAUCGAGGACAACAGAGAGGCUGAGCUCCUAGAUUGUGAGGCGAAGUCUGACUCGAGCCUGGAGCGAGAGCCGGCAGAAGACGACUCCAAGGGGGCCGACGGCGGCAAGAAGAGGAAGAGGAAACCGUACCGGCCGGGCAUCGGUGGGUUCAUGGUCCGCCAAAGGAGCCGGCCGGGUCAAGGUCCAGGAAAGGCCAAACGAUCCCUCUGUCGAAAGGAUUCCACUGGCUCUGUGUCAGAGAUGCCAGUUGGAAAGGAAGAGGGAUGGUCAGAGACUUUACCUGAUACCCCGGUAGACGAGGUGCCGCCUGGACCAGAGGUACCAGAAAAAAUCAAGAAGCGCUACCGAAAGAAGAAAACAAAACUGGAGGAAGCUUUUCCCGCCUACCUGCAGGAGGCUUUCUUUGGAAAGGACCUCUUGGACAAAAGCAAGCAGAGCAGGCAGCAAGGGGUCGAAUCAGGUUUACUGGAAGAAGGGCAGGGCCAAGUGGAUAGGAGGCACCCCACCGCCAGCUUCCUGGACCCUUCGUCAGAUCCUUUGCUCAGCGCCUCUACAACAUCGCUUCACAACAGACAAGCAGCAGCACAGACGUCUGAGGAACCAUUAGUUGAUCUUUCUGAUGUUCUGAACUCUGAUGCAGACAUCUUGGGAAUGCUGGGAAAGUCGAGCAGUGACUCUGGUCUUGAUUUUUGCCCCUUCCAGGUUGACAACUCACCUCCUCCUUUUGCUGGUCUGGACAUCGGGUCCCUUACAGACGGUUCACCAGUCGCGUCUCAGGGUGGCCGUAGGACACCUCGAACCCAUCCAGAGGAGCCCCUGGACGGCAUCCUCAGCCCAGAGCUGGACAAGAUGGUCACUGAUGAAUCAAUUCUCAGCAAACUUUACAAAAUCCCAGAGCUGGAGGGCAAAGAUGUGGAGGAUCUCUUCACAGCAGUGCUAAGCCCCAGCACGAGCCACCCACCUCCCCCACCACAGGUGCCUCACCCCCAGGGUCCAGGGUCCCUCCCUACCACAGCUGGCCUGAGUAUGCCUCAUCCCAACACAGGGAAUCCCAUGUUUCCAAGAAUGCCAAUGAUCAAUGGUAUGAUGGGCCCAAACCAACGUUUCCCCACAAAUCCAGGAGCAGGUCCCUGCAUCCCAGAAAAUUUCUCCCCCCUCAACCGUAUGCCUUUCACUGACAAUCCAAGAGAUAGAAAGUUCAAUCAGAUGCCUAGAGAGGCAGUUGGUCAGUGGCCCUCCUCUGCCCACGGCCCUGGCCCUGCAACCCCUGGAUCUCUGCCUGAGGGGGAGACUGAAGCCAUGUCAAAUGCCCAAAGGAGUACACUCAAGUGGGAGAAGGAGGAGACACUUGGAGAGCUUGCCACUGUAGCGCCUGUCCUAUAUACCAAUGUCAAUUUCCCAAACCUCAAGGAAGAAUACCCAGACUGGUCUACAAGGGUAAAGCAGAUUGCAAAACUUUGGAGGAAAGCUAGUUCGCAAGACAGGGCCCCAUAUGUGCAAAAGGCAAGAGAUAACCGAGCAGCCCUGCGCAUCAACAAAGUCCAGAUGUCGAAUGAGACGGUGAAGAGGCAUCAUCCACAGCAACAGCCUCCUGAGGUGUUUGAUCCCAACAUACCACUAGACACAGAACUGCUGUUUAAAGACCCUUUGAAACCAAAAGAGUCAGAGCAUGAACAAGAGUGGAAGUUUAGACAGCAAAUGAGGCAGAAGAGCAAGCAACAAGCCAAAAUUGAAGCUACUCAGAAAUUGGAGCAAGUCAAGAACGAGCAACUUCAGCAGCAACAGCAGCAACAACAGGGCAACUGCCUGUCUGAUGGAGAUGGAAACAACAGUGGGAACCAGAGCCCGGCCUCCCUGCACAGCAACGGCAGCUUGUCUCCUAUGCAGCAAGUUAAUUCUAAAGACGGCUUUGCAAGGCCGCAGCUCCCAGGGACACCCACUUCAUGUCCUCCAGAGGAUGUGUUCUUGAGACCCCCUCCUCCCCCACCAUCUGGCCCUUCCUCCCAACCCCAGUCUCCUCAAGUAUUCUCACCAGGGUCCUCUGGAUCCAGACCAUCUUCUCCGUGGGACCCAUAUGCCAAGAUGGUUGGGACCCCAAGACCACCAAGUCUUGGACCAAAUGUAUGUCGCAGAAUGCCUGUAGAAUCUGGUAAAUCCCCCAACUCCAUAAUGGACCAGCAGGACAGAGGGAGGCCCUCUCCUGCUAAUGAAUCUUUUGGCUCCCCAACAUCCAUGAGCAACGACCCAUAUGCCAAACCUCCUGACACCCCAAGGCCAACUGGGGACAUGGACCCUUUCCUUAAGCCCAUGGGGCCCCCCAGGGUGAGUCAGGCUGCUCAGGGAAGGCCUCCAAUGGGUUCUCCAGGCAGAGACCCGUACUCAAGACCCAUGAUAAGAAAUGAGGCCUAUCAGCGCAUGGCCCAGAACAGAAUGAUCUUGUCUGACCCUUACUCAAGGCCUUUACUUGCCCCAAUCCCAGGAAGUAAUGAGUCCGGCUCAGUCCCUCUCUUCAAAACACCCAUGCCCCCUCCUCAAGCUCAGGAUCCCUUCAACCGACCAGGGCCACAUCAGUCUGACAGAUUCUCCCAGAAUCACCAGAACGACCCCUAUGCUCAGCCUCCACAUACCCCAAGACCAUCGGGGAACGACAGCUUCACCAGUCCUCCAAGAAUGGUCCAGCAUCACUCUCAGGGGCACACAUUUGCUCAGCCUGGGCCAAUGAAUCAAAUGUCAAGAAAUCCGUACGCUCAUGCACCUUCCACUCCCAGGCCUGACCACUUUACAUACGACCCCUUUGCCCAGCCUUCUGGCCCCAACAAGCCGGAUCCUUUCUCUCAGACGACGGGUAACCAACGAUCCAUGGGUGAACCAGGUAAUCAGCCUCGCCCAUUCUUUGAGCCCUAUGCCCGACCUCCGGGCACCCCACGUCCACAUGACAAUUAUGGUCAGCCUUCAAACGCACCCAGUCCAUCCUCAGACCCUUACUCACAGGCUCCUUCAACUCCACGACCCGGUGGGAUGAACCAGUUUGCUCAUCAAUCACACCCUGGACAGAGGAUGUCACCCUCCCACUCAGUGGACCCUUAUGCUCAACCACCAGGUACUCCACGGCCCUCGAUGGGAGAGAGGUUCUCCAAGUCACCAGGCAGCCAGAGGGGGCUUAUAGAGCCGUUUACUAGCACACCUGGAACAUCAAGGCCAGGGGGUAGUGACAUGUUUUCCCAGCCUGGGGCCCCCAGACCAAUGCUCAAUGACCCUUAUGCUCAGCCUCCAGGGACCCCAAGGCCUGGUCCAGAUGGGCUCAACAGACAGGGGCAAAGGCUUGGACCAAUGGGAGGCCAGGAUCCUUUUUCCCCACCUCAAAGCAGGCUCCAAGAGAACUUCCCUCAUCCAGGUUUGCAAACACCAAAACCCUCAGGUGUGUCCGAGGAUGGAUUUAAUCAGUCACCUGCCAGAAGACCCAAUCAAACACCCGUUCAUGACCCAUAUGAACAAGCCCCCAUGACCCCUCAUCCACAGUCUACAGAGAAAAUGGAGCUAAAAGAUCAGUCAGGUGUUGGCAACAACGGCGCAGACCCACAAAUGCCCGGUUCUUCCUCUGAGGCUCAGGGUGUUGCUCUCGCUGAGAGCGAGGAAAGACUCAGACAGCGACAACGAAUAAGAGAAUUAAUCCUCAAGCAGCAGCAACAGAGGAUUGCCAUUCGACAGGAGAGGGGCCCUCAGGAACCUGCUGGCAAUAUUCCCCUCGGAACACCACGACCUUGGCCCCAAGACUCCCCUGUGCAGCCAGGGGAAAUGUUCAACCGGCCUCCUCCACCUUACCCUGGACAAGUUUCCAUGAGAGGGCCAAUGAGGUUUCCUGGACCUUUUCCAGGAGAUCAGCGUGUCCCUUUCCCUAAUGAAGGACAAAUCCCUCGGGGCCCACAUCCUGGAGACCCUAAUUUGAGACAUCAGGGGCCAAGGUUUGCUUUUCCACCUGGGGUUCUAGGACCUCAUGGGGCCCAAGAUUUCUUUCCCCGUGGGCAGCAACCAAUGCAGGAUAUUCCUCCUCAAAUGAGACGAUCUAUGUCAGCUGAAAUGGCCAAGAGUAUGGGAGGCAACCCUAUGGGGAUGCCCCAACACUUCCCACCACGUGGUAUGCCAGUGCAGCAGCAUAACAUCAUGGGCCAGCCUUUCAUCGAACUGCGACACAGAGCUGCUGCCGACAACAGGUCACGCAUGCCAUUUCCCCCAGGUGACAUGCAAGGAGGCAACAUGGAUCUGAACUUGCAGGGCCAAAGGCUUCCAGGCUUUGCAGGAGUAUCUGAUCCCAGGUUUCCUUUAAAUCAGGGGCUCAGGAUGGUCGACCCCAUGGCUGGCCACACUGGACAUGUACAGCUAUCUUCCAGCAUGGACAAUCUUCAUCAGCAUGUCCAAAUGUCAGGAAACAACUCACUUAAACAAUCUUCUUUGAUGAGAUCUAUGAGCCAGCCUGCUUCAAGUGAGACCCAUCACAUGGCAGCAUCUAUUAUCCUGACUGCACCCCCUGCUGGGCAGACUGAUACGGUCUCAGUGGCAGGUGAAGCUGUGGAGGAGAAACUAGAUGCAGAAGAAUCAGCGGUCAAAGAUCUCGAGGACGUGGAGGUUAAAGACUUAGUGGAUGCAGACUUGGAGAACCUAAAUUUGGAUCCUGAAGAUGGCAAAGACCUAGAUCUAGAAACAAAUGACCUACACCUUGAUGACUUUCUAACAUCAGGGAAAUUUGACAUCAUUGCCUAUACAGACCCUGACCUAGACGACAUCAAGAAAGACUUAUUUAAUGAGGAGCUAGACCUCAGCGAUCCUAUGGAGGAUCAUAGUGACACCGCAGACAUGAGCAAAAACUCAAGCUCAGGAAAUGAGGCUGAGGUUGUAUCCUGUUCAGCAUCUGCAUUGGCAAAGUCAGAGGCCUCAGGUGAGCAGUCUUCAGCUGAAAUCAAGCUUGAAGUCUCUGGGAGUCAUGACUCUGCCUCUUUGGCACAUGGGAAGGAAAUUAAAACAGAGGUCAAGGACUGUCAGAAGCCCUCAGAGGUCGUAGACCAGCAAGCCGCUGGAAACACCUUAACCUCAAACCAGCAGGGAGUGUUGUCUGACUCCACCCCUGUCCUGUCUAGUUUACUCAUUAAACAGCAGCCUGAGGAGCAGUCAUUAAAUCCAAUCAGCGAAUCUGUCAAUCCAGGAGGAGAAGCCUCCAUGACCGGCUUUAGCCUAGACCACCAGGUGGGGCUAGCCGCUGCAAUGGAAGGUCUGACCCCGGCCCAGCAGGCUGCACUGAACCAGGCAAUGGCUCAGCAUGGCCAGCACCGUCCUCUGCUGCUAGAGGAGCAGCCACUCCUACUGCAGGACCUCCUGGACCAGGAGAGACAGGAGCAACAGCAGCAGAGGCAGAUGCAAGCCAUGAUAAGACAGCGCUCUAGUGACUCCUUCUUCCCCAACAUCGAUUUUGACGCCAUCACUGACCCCAUCAUGAAAGCCAAGAUGGUUGCCCUUAAAGGCAUCAACAAAGUCAUGGUUCAGAACAACAUGGGAAUGACUCCAAUGGCCAUGAACAGAUUUCCUCCUAGCCCUGCAACACCUUGUCCUGAGAGCACACCACUUCCACCACAAGUUCUUGGACAGGAUGGCAAAUUGACACAGGUUUCAAGACCGAAUCCACCAAACUUUGGACCAGGAUUUGUCAACAAUGCUCAGAGGGCUCAGUACGAAGAGUGGCUCCAGGAGACUCAGCAACUACUUCAAAUGCAGCAGAAGUUUCUGGAAGAGAAGAUCGGAGCUCACAGGAAGUCUAAGAAAGCCCUGUCUGCCAAACAGAGAACAGCUAAGAAGGCGGGGAGAGAGUUCCCAGAGGAGGACGCCGAGCAGCUCAAACAUGUCACAGAGCAGCAGGGUGUAGUGCAGAAACAACUGGAGCAGAUCCGCAAGCAGCAGAAGGAGCAUGCCGAACUCAUCGAGGAGUACCGAGUGAAACAGCAGCAAAACAAUGUGACACCGUUAAUGCCGGGGAUGCACCCAGUGCCAGGUCCGCCUGGUAUGGUCCCCAGUGGACCUCCAAUGGGCCCGGGUGGACCACCAAUGGGCCCAGUCGGACCACCAAUGGGCCCGGGCGGACCACAAAUGGGCCCAGGCGGACCACCAAUGGGCCCGGGCGGACCACAAAUGGGCCCUGGCGGACCACCAAUGGGCCCGGGCGGACAACCAAUGGGCCCUGGCGGACCACCAAUGGGACCGGUUGGACCACCAAUGGGACCCGUUGGACCACCUAUGGGUCCAGGUGGACCACCAAUGGGUCAACCUCCUAUGAACCCCAUGAUGCAGAUGCCUAUACAUCCCAACCAGCCAAAUGCACCUCAGUGUUUGCCCAACCCGCCACCUGGUUGGCAUCCUGGUACGCCCAUGCCCAUGGGCGGACCUGGACUUCCUCCCAUUAUGCCCCAGCAGGUACCAGGCCAACCUCAUCAGAUGCCAAUGGGUAACAUACCUCAACACCCACAAAUGCCUGUUGAUCCCCAGGCACCAGCAGCUCCAUCAGGUGGUGUAAAACCCAUGCAGGGGGGUGGUUUGAAGUUUGAUGACAACAACCCGUUCAGUGAAGGCUUCCAGGAGAGGGAGAGGAGGGAGAGGCUUCGGGAGCAGCAGGAGAGGCAGCGGGUGCAGUUAAUGCAGGAGGUGGAACGGCAGAGAGCCCUGAAACACCGCUUGGAAAUGGAGCAGCAGGGAAUGAUGGGCCAAGAUGGGAACAUGGCACCUCUCACUCAAAUGCCAUUUUUCAACUCGGAGCUGCCACAGGAGUUCAUGCAGCCUCAGAGGCCUCUUCUGCAACAACAACAGCAGCAACUCGGACCAAUGUUCCCCCAGCAGCAGGGCAUGCAGCCUGGUAUGGGCUCACCGCGUGGAGCCUUUAUGCAUGGGGAAAGGAGAGCCAUGAUGGGCAAUGGAAUGAUGCCCCGCGACAUGGGGCCUGGUUUCGGGCCUGAUAAUCUAGCCCUACAAGCAUCCAAUUUCCCCCAAGGUCAGCCAAGACCUCGUCAGUUUGGUGCACCAGGAAUGGGACUUCAGAUGCAAGUAGAGGGUUCGCCAUUCGGAGGUGACUCGUCCACACCUCUACCUUCUAACUUCCCCGGCUCAGGCCAAUCUCUAAUCCAACUCUACUCCAACAUCAUCCCAGAUGAGAAAGGAAAGAAGAAGAGAAACCGCAAAAAGAAGAAAGAUGAUGACGCAGAUUCAGUAAAGACACCUUCAACUCCACACUCAGACCUCACAGCUCCUCUCACACCCUGUGUUUCAGACACUUCCUCGACACCAACCAGAAACACCCAUCUUUUUGGUGACCAGGACUUGUCAAGGUCCCCUCUACUGGGAUCUUCCACGCCCAGCCACUCAGAAUUAGAGAGGCAGCUUUCUGGAGGUCAUUCUGGACAACAAAGUCUCUCCUCAGACUCGGCAAGAAUGCAGGCUCAGGAACAUGACCGGAUCCUCAACAACAUAAAGCUGGAGCAGACCGAUGCCAGUGAGUGUCACGGUCCCCGAGAAGGAACCAUCGGGUCAGGAAUGAGCUCUGUGAAGGAAGAAGGCAACAAAGAGAGCACAUCUCCCUUCCCCAUUGGGCAAAGUCCAAAUAAGGGGGAAGCUGGCAACGAAUUACUGAAACAUCUCCUGAAGAACAAGAGCACACCUCCGCAUGGACUGACCCAGCAGAGGUCAGAGGAGAGCAUGCGCUCAGAGGAGGAAGAGGCCGCAGACUGCAAAUCCCUGCUGAGGCAAAGCUCCAUGGACAGCAACGGGGCGUACUCAGAUGGCAUCCCAGACUUCCCCGGACCUCUGCUCCCUGAACAGGAGAAGAAGAAGGGGAGAAACAAGAGGGCGCCAAAGGGGGAUAAACCUGCCUCGCGAUACAAGAAGAGGAAGAAGGAAGGGGAUGAGAGGCAGCUGAUGCACUCUGGCCCUGACAGUGUAAUGACCCAAAUCAAACAGCAGCUCUCCCUGCUUCCCCUAAUGGAGCCUCUGAUUGGAGUCAACUUUGCCCAUUUCGCUCCCUACGGCAGCGGCCAGCUCAAUGGAGAGAACCUCCUGUCUGGUACCUUUGGCAGCGCCUCACUGGAUGGAGUCUCUGACUAUUACUCCCAACUGGCCUACAAGCAGAGUAACCUCAGCAAUCCUCCGACACCGCCAGCGUCUCUUCCUCCCACCCCACCACCUGUGAACCGACAGAAAAUGAUCAACGGAUUUGCCACGACAGAAGAGCUGGCUAGCAAAGCUGCUGCCAUGGUGUCUAAAGGCCUGGUCCCUAAGCCGCUACACGUCCCAUUCAGGAGCGAGGAAGAUCUUCUAGCUCGUGCCAUCGCCCAGGGACCAAAAACUGUGGAUGUCCCAGCCUCUCUCCCCACCCCUCCUCACAACAACCAGGAGGAGCUCAGCAACAGAGGACAGGAGCCUUGCAAGGACCGGGACACCCCUGAUAGUUUUGUUCCAUCCUCGUCUCCUGAAAGCGUGGUCGGCAUGGAGAUCAGCCGCUACCCAGACCUGUCUCUGGUGAAGGAGGAGCCUCUAUCUCCCUGCCUGUCUCCUGUCCUCCCCAUGCUUCCUGCUCCUGAUGGGAAAGGGACGGAAAUCAAACUGCAGGACAUCAAAACGGAGCCUUCGGGGAUGUUCUUCGGUGCUCCCUUCAGUCCCAUGUCUAAUGAUUCCAAACAAGGGCUUGUAUCUGUAGCCAUCACACUGAGACCAGCUGCAGCAGAGAACAUCACGGGUGUAGUAGCAGCCAUUUCAGACCUUCUCUGUGUGAAGAUCCCCAGUAGCUAUGAGGUCAGCAGCACCCCAGACAGGGGGUCCCUAUCCAUACUCGGUGGUCCAAGGAUGGGCCCUCACGGCAUGGAGCCUCGUCCUCUCAUGCUCUUCCACGGACAAGGAGAUAACGGAGGGCUUCACGGUCGGCCAGGACACAUUAUGAGGCCGGUUGGACCACAGGAGAUGAUGCAACAGCAGCAGCAGGCGCAUCAUUUUCGCUUCCAUCCCAACAGCCCAGGUGCAGCUCUGGCUCGAGGACAUGACCAAAAGACCCCUGCAAGCCCUGGAUGUAAACCUCACUGGUGCUGCCACUGCAAGGUGGUGGUCCUGGGGAAUGGAGUGCAGAAGUCCAUCAAAGACCUUCCUGCCCACAUGAAGGAAUCUGAAGGCCGUUUGAAAUCUGAAGAAGUCCUGGUCUUCUGCAGUCACAGCUGCUUCCUUCUCUACUGCUCGUCAGCAUCUCUGCAAUCCAGAUCCACCUCCGAAACUAAGGAAUCAAUGUCUCUUCUCCCAACGUCUGUGCAGACAGAGAGCCUGUCUAAAACUCAGCACCAGUAUAGUAACAACAUGUCAUCGCUGGAUGUUCACUGCCUGGCCCAGCUUCAGCCCAAGCUGUCUCCUCCUUCCACUCCUCCAAUCCCCUUCCCCACAGCAGGCGAGACAUCCAAGACUGAAACAAAGUCUGAUGCCAUCAAAGUGACGGUGAAGCUGAAGGCCCGGCCCAGGUCACAUGACGGCUGGCAUCAGGGAAAGAGACAGAAAGGACUCCGGUGGAGGAAGUGGACUGUCCAGGUGGUGGUGCCAAGAGGAAACUCCCAGCUCCCGGAUGAGGAUAAGAUUGAUGACCUCCUGAAGAAACUUGGGGCCUCCCUGCGACCCCCCAACUCACUCCGAGACCACAGGAGGUGCUGUUUCUGUCACCAGUUUGGAGAUGGGCUCACUGAUGGCCCUGCUAGGCUCCUAAAUCUAGAUCUUGAUGUUUGGGUUCACCUAAACUGCGCCCUAUGGUCGACUGAGGUGUACGAGACACAGGCUGGUGCGCUCAUCAAUGUAGAGCUUGCGCUACGGCGUGGCCAAACAGUACGCUGCGCCUACUGCCAGCAGACUGGAGCUACCAGCGGCUGCCAUCGCCUACGCUGCACCAACGUCUACCAUUUCACCUGUGCUCUGCAAGCUCACUGCACCUUCUUUAAAGACAAGACCAUGCUAUGUCAUGCCCACAGACCCCGAGGAACAGCUGGACAAGCUCUGGACCAUGAACUGCGCUGCUUUGCUGUCUUUAGACGCGUCUACGUUCAAAGAGAUGAGGUACGUCAGAUUGCGACUGCUGUGCGGCAGCCGGAGUUGGGCUACACCUUCCGAGUGGGCAGCCUGGUGUCUCAUGCAAUGGGCCAACUCACCCCACUACAAAUGGCAGACUUUCACUCCCCAACAGCCAUCUAUCCAGUUGGGUAUGAGGCCUGUCGCAUUUACUGGAGCAUGCGCCAUGGCAACCGACGCUGCCGCUAUAUUUGUUCUGUUGAGGAGAGAGAAGGACUGCCUGAGUUUUCCAUCAGAGUCAUUGAACAGGGCUACAAAGACCUGGUCCUGACUGAUGCCUCUGCUAAAGGAGUGUGGGAUAAAGUUCUGGGUCCUGUUGCUGAGAAAAGAAACGAAUCAGGAACUCUGAAGCUCUUCCCUGUGUACCUGAAAGGAGAGGACUUGUUUGGACUCACAGUUCCUGCAGUCACCAAAAUCUCUGAAUCACUCCCAGGAGUGGAGGCUUGCAAACUAUACUCCUUCCGUUACGGACGAAACCCUCUUGUGGAGUUGCCUCUCAUAUUCAAUCCAGCUGGCAGUGCCCGCGCCCAGCCAAGAACCAUCUCUCCCUACACCUCUCUGGUGAUAAGGCCGCUGCCACAGGUUGUACCCACCAGCACUGCCAGGUCUAACCAAAAUGUGGCCCAGGGAGAAGGUGGCGCCCCCCAUAGCAAGACUUCAGUAGUGCACCCCAGGUCUUCACAGUACCGCUGGAUGAAGAGUGAGUGGAAAGCCAAUGUCUAUCUGGCCCGCUCCCGUAUCCAGGGCCUGGGGCUGUUUGCUGCUAAAGACAUGGAAAAACAGACUAUGGUGAUUGAAUACAAUGGAACCAUCCUUCGAAAUGAGGUUGCCAUCAGCAAGGAGAAAAUCUAUAGAUCUCAGAACCGAGCGGUGUUCAUGUUCCGCAUUGACAGCGAACAUGUUGUUGAUGCCACCCGCAGCGGAGGGCUAGCAAGAUAUAUCAACCACUCUUGUGCCCCAAACUGUGUUGCUGAGGUGGUCACAUUUGAGCGGGGUUACAAAAUCAUCAUCAGCUGCAGUCGCAGAGUUGAAAAAGGAGAAGAGCUUUGUUUCGACUACCAGUUUGACAUUGCGGGGGGUCAACACAAGAUCGCUUGCCACUGUGGAGCUCCAGAGUGCAGGAAGUGGGUUAACUGAAGAAAACAAAAGCGAAGAAGAAUCUAAAUGCAUUUCUUGCUAAAGUGAGAGUGAAUGCUGUAAUCUCUGCACAGUGAGAAAAAUAGGCUUCACACUAAAGUCAUUUUAUGAAUGAACAGCAGGCCUGAACCAUUAGAGGAGAUGAAUGAGUUAUCAUGUUGGUUAUAUAAGAUCAUGGAGAACAUAAAGGGUGGAGGAAGGGAAAUAUAACACAGUAGCAGGAUGUGACUUGUGCCAUAUUAUGUGAGAGGCUCUGUUGGACGAGAUGCCUCAGUCUGUCUGUAUGUGUCUGUGUGUUUGGUGUACAUGGGGUGAGGAAGCCACCAGCGAAUGAGUAAGCACUGUGCAGGGUGCGGCCUUAUUGCUUACUAAGGGCAGGCCCUUUUGUUUCAUACUGUUAAUGUAUACCAUAUGACUAAAUGUAGACAUCACUGAAUGAGGAAUGUACAGCAAUGAAUACUGCGAAGGGAAUUUUAACUUGCACUAAAAAAAGAGAAAACAGAAAAAAAAACAUACACACAAAAACUUAAAAUACUUGAUUCCAUGAGUCAGUUUUAUCAUAGGUCUCUGUCAUGUGAUUUGUGUGGACUUCGAGAGGUUUUGUAUUUAUUACUGAAUGAAUGAACUUUAUUCUCAAAAUGAUGAGAUUGAGUCAAAGAAGGCUAGAUUGCUAUUGUUUUGAAGAUUGAGGAAGAAAUGCUGUUACUUUUGUAAAAAUGUACAUAAAGAAACUAUAGGAAUAACUGACCAAAUACUACCUUAACCUUCUUGAUGUUUGGGUGUUUUUAAAUUGUUUUUGUUCUGUUUGUCAUUGAAAUUUAUUUAAGAUGGACGUUAUUUCAGUUUGAGAGUAUAUAUUAUGAUUAUUCUGUACAGAAUUUGUAAUAUAACCACAAUAAUUCACAAAGUAUUUUUGUUGUAUUAAAAGUAAGGUAUUGUAGCGUAGUGUUUUGUGACUUACACAUACUUUGACCACUCAAAAAAGAAAUAUUUUUGUUGACUAAUGUAACAAGUUAUCGGUUACAGAAUCAAAUAACAAAAAAGACUCUUUGCAUAGUAAGAGAACAGUGUGAUCUGUUUGCUGUAAUCAGGUUUGAUUUUAAAGAACUGUGAAUUAGGUUUUGAAACCCAAAAACAACUUUUUAACUUUGUAACAAAUAGGAACACCGACAUGUAUUUACUUGUAUUUGUUUUUACAUUGCUUUUGAAAAAAGGUGCAAAUGUCUAAUGAAACUGUUGAGUUAGACGAACUAGUAUGUGACAGAAAGAAUCGUAUGUCAAACUCUUAUCUGGAACUGUAGGUUGCUCUACUUUUAUGGACAGAAAUGGCAUUCUUCUUAAUCAGAAAUAUUUCUUAUACUGACACUUCACAAGUCACAUGCUUAGAAACGGAAGAGUUUUUGCGUGCACAAUUUCAAGUUGACUGUAAAAUUUUGGAGACAGUCUUAGAACUUGUAAUGUAUAUGGCAUGUAUUUUUUUUAACUUUCCGAAGACUCAAUUGUAUAUAUUUUUCUCAAUGAAUGGUUGUAACAAAAUUGUUUCUUGGAUAUUUUUCUUCUCUUGUAUAUUACAUCAUCCUGCCAGUGUGUUUGUGCAACAUUUCUUGGUCGUGUAGUCGGAUUAUUUUCAUUUUUUUUUCUUUAUUUUUUUUUUCUGAAAAUGCCUUUUGAAGUGUACAGAAUAUGAGGUUUGGAGUUUGUGGAAUUGAAUUUAGAAACAUUUACAAAAAUAAACUAUUUUACAUGUUAA